AUGCUUCAAAAUACUUCAAGUUCGCGACCCGAUGAUUUCAUGAGCAAGAAGCUCGUAGCUUUCUGCUUAUUUUCUAUUGGAUUCACUGUCUGGCUUUUAUUUGGAGCACCACCGCCAAACAACUUGAACGUUCCCGAUAUUGAAGCAGAUCAGCAGCAACAAUCUAUCUACAAGGGUCGACAUGCUAUCAGUACCUUCUUAACUUCAAAGGCUGAUGAAGCCGAAACCGAAAUUGAUGACGAGGAUGGAUACUUUGUGAGCACCCGAAUUCUGGUCUACCAGCUGCUUCAUUCGCCGAGCACGAAGCUACGGGACCCAGUACCUAUCAUUGUUUUGGUCACUCCGGAGGUCCGCGAGAACAAACGUCAUAGAUUGCGAGAAGAUGGAGCGAUUGUCAUUGAGGUGGACCAUGUAGCCCACAGCAUGCCAGUGACGCUCUCACGGUGGUCGGAAAUGGCGACAAAGUUGCGCCUCUUCGAUCCAACCACGGUUCUUUUUCUCGAGGCGGAUGUCGUUCUUACGCGGCCCAUCGAUCGUAUUUUUCUGGAUCCAAGUACCGAGCCGGUUGAGACAGACAAGACGAUCAUUGAUAACCCGGAGCUGGGUAAGCCGCCGGCAAAAUAUGUGAUGGCCGCAUCGGCCGAGUCGUUCCAACGUGAACAUGAAUACCCAUUCUUGGAUCGCGAGAACACGGUGCGACAUUUCAAUGGUGGAGUCUUCAUCUAUUCGCCUUCAUCAGAGCUCUUUAAGUUCUACACCAACCUCUUGAACCUCCCUGAAUUAUACUAUACCGGCGUGCCGGAUCAAGAUCUCCUCAACCAUGCGCAUCGCUGGGGAGGACCGAUGCCAUGGAGACGACUCCACUGGUCCUGGUAUAUCAACUGGUCCAACGACAAUGAUUUGAAUGGGAAAAUGGCGCUUUUGAAUGCAAAUUGGUGGGGAUCGGGCAUGAGGACCCCUGCUGUUGAGCAAUUUGCUCUUGCCCGCCGCUGGGAGAUGGAGGGCUUCUGGAUGGGCAAGGCGCACUCCAGUUCCUCUAAGAAAUAA